AUGACACCGGGAUAGACUCCUGGAAUGGGGGUUGGCACUGGGAUAGACUCCUUGAAUGGGGGAAUGACACUGGGAUAGACUCCUGGAAUGGGGGUUGGCACUGGGAUAGACUCCUGGAAUGGGGGUUGGCACUGGGAUAGACUCCUGGACUGGGAGGCGGCGCUGGGAUAGACUCCUGGAAUGGGGGAAUGACACCGCGAGGGCUCCCGGCGGGGACAGCGCCGGGAACACGCGGACAAUCUCCGGCUGGAGGGUGCGGAGCAGCCCCGGGGCGCGGCCGGCGGUGAUGUCCGUGCCCGGCGGGUCCGUGAGUGCCGGUCCGGUCCGGCCCGUGUCGCAGCGUGUCGCAGGUGCCGGUGGCCGAGGGCAAGAGCGUGCAGCAGACGGUGGAGCUGCUGGCCCGGCGGCUGGAGGCGCUGGGCGCGGACAAGCAGGGCACGUUCGGAGUGGACUGCGAGACUUACCACACCGCGGCGGCCCUCGGCACGCAGGAAGAAAAUCCAAGUUAUCCCCUGAACGGAUACCACGAUAAAUGUGUGAGGAUCCAGAACUAAAGCAAGGAGGGCAGAGGCAGGAAGAGGAGCUGCUUUAAGGCAGGAAUGUUGGUUUUCCAGCCCGGCUCUCUCGCUGUCACUGCAGGGCAGACAGGGAAGCUGAUGUACGUCAUGCACAACUCCGAGUACCCCCUGAGCUGCUUCGCCCUCUUCGAGAACGGGCCCUGCCUCGUGGCUGAUGCCAACUUUGACACCCUCAUGGUCAAGCUCAAGGGCUUCUUCCAGAACGCCAAGGCCAACAAGAUCGAGAGCCGCGGCACCCGCUACCAGUACUGCGACUUCCUGGUGAAGCUGGGCACGGUCACCAUGGGCCCCAGUGCCAGGGGAAUAUCCGUGGAGGUGGAAUACUGUCCCUGUGUGAUCCCCAACGACUGCUGGAACCUGCUGAUGGAGUUCAUGCAGAGCUUCAUGGGCAGCCACACGCCCGGGAUCCCGUCGGUGUUCGGCUCCAAGCACGACAGCACCUACAGCCCUGGGGACACCAUGGUGCAGUACAUGGAGCUCUUCAACAAGAUCCGCAAGCAGCAGCAGGUGCCCGUGGCUGGCAUCAGGUGAAGAGGAUUCCCUGGAGCUCCUGGACUUCAUCAGGAAUCCCUCCAAAGUGUGGCACAGAAGGCAGCACCAGGCUUUUCUUUUUUUUUUUUUUCUUUUUUUCUUCCCUUGAUCUUUCCCAUCUCAACGUUUUCCAGUGCCCUGGGUGCCCUCCACGGUUUGGGAUUAUUGGAUUCAUGGUUCUGUGGUUCUUUGGACAGUGUUACCUGCAGGGAAAAGAGAAAUUCCAGCCAAAAGCAAGGGCAGAGCUGCUGUGACUACAAACAACUACAGAACUCGCUUAAAUUUCUAUUUUUUUAUAGCCACGUUGGUGUUUUGCUGUAAUCACAAUAAAACGCUGGAUUUUGGGAGGGGAAGCUUUGAGGGUUGUGCUGGUUUGUGUUGUUCAUUUACAGAGUUGCUUCAACAUUUCCCUGCAGAAAAGAAUCCAGGAAUUCUCACAUUUUCCUCUUCUUACCUUGCCUUCAUCCUCUGUAGCUGAUGGGAAUGUCAAAAUCUGCUGCCUCUCAAUGAAGGCUCCGGAUAAAUUUAAAAAAUAAAAUAAAUAAGCACGGCAGGAGCUUUGUCAGCCACUGAUAGA